AUGAGAUCCAGCUUAGCUCUUCGUUUAAGAAAUUCUAUAGAUAAUACUCAUAUUUAAUAUGACAACAAAUACUCGGUUCAUGUGAAUACUUAACAUCCUGCAAUUAGUCCUAGGAAGUCAGUCGAUAAAACUACCAUCCAUUAGAUUUAUAAAGUAACUUAACCACAUCAAAUUAAACACAAAACAACAAAAUUGGGAAGGGAUUCAUUAGGCUAUAAUGUUAGAUACAACAAUUCUGUUGAUGUAAGUUUAGAAGAAUUAAAGAAAAUAAAAACAUUAGAAAAAAGUUUAUAUUGCAUUUAAGAGAAUAGAUAAAGAGGCGAUAAUAAAAUAAUUAAUGAAAAAGUUCUCAAAGAGGUUCUGUAAAUAUAAUAACUAUUCUUCUUAGAACCCUUUCUAAAUCAGCAAUAACUUAGAUAAAUAACCGAAAAGAUAUUCUCUCCCUGUAUUAAAUAAGAAACAAUCACCUUAACAUAAUAACCAGGAUAAAAUCAAGAUUCCAGUAUUACCAGUCAUAUCUGAAAAUAUUAAUGCCAAAUAAAACAACUUUAGCAUCGAAAAAUGUUUGGAAGACUUAAAUAAAAUUAAGAGCGGUGGUUAUAAAGAGCAUCCAUAAUCUACAGAAAGAAUUUUAGAUUUAUUAUUACUAAAUACUUGUGAUUUAAAAAAAAUCUUUAAAAACCAGAACCAAAAGAACAAAAGGAAAAUAAUUGUUUAAAGUAAAGUACCUUAAGACUUUUUUAAUAUUUUAAAAAACUACUGAUUAUAAUCUAAGCGUAUAAAAUACAUUAUCAAAUAUAAUUUAUGCUAAAAAUUUAUAGUCUUUGAAUUAAGAACAAAUUUUAAUUUUUUUCCAGUUUUUCUUAUCAAAUUCUCUAAAUAAGAAAUAUUUUAUUUGAUAGAGUAAAAUAGAAUAAAUUUUAGAAAUCUAAAAACCUAAAGAUCAUCUCACUUAGGAACAAAAUACUGAAUAAUUCUUGAUUCUAUAAUAAAAUCUAAUUUUAAAUUUUUCUGUUAUUUAGAUGCAAUCAGAUAUAUAAUCUGCAAAUAAAAUAAUUCUAAAUCUCUUAUCAGAAAUGAUAAUGAAAAUUCCUUUCAAAUAUUCUAUGAGAUAAACGAUUAAUGAACAAAUUCAAAGACUUGAAAUGGUUUUUGAUUUACCUAUGUUUCGUUUACUGGGAUAGGUUUAGAUUUAUUACAAACAAAGACAGCCAUAACCAAAAAAAAUAUAAAACAGCAAUGUAUUUUAUUUACAACAUAUUUUCAAAAGUUAGAAGAAACAAGAUUAACUGUUUAUUGCCUUUAAGCCAUAAGAAAUUUCUUAAUUUGUACCUUUAAUAUCACACCUGGAUUUAAAAAUAUUUAGACAAAAUUUCUCAAUUUGAAAUUUAGAUCCUCAUAACCAACAUGA